AUGGUAUCGCGAAAGCGCAAUCACUCGGAGGCAGGCGCUGCGCCGGAGAAGGCUCCGGAACAGCCUGGAUUGCUUCAUCGCCUGCGGAAUUGCUGGGAGUUUGCCAAUCUGAUGCAGUAUAUUUCCAUGUUUGGGAAGCCUAUGAAAAUUGACGAGAAUUUCGGAAUUGAGGAUCUGGAGACCGAAUGCCUGAAACCUACCCCAUCGGAGAAACUACUGGAGAUCGGUCUUUGUCUUCUCAAAUGGAUAUCGUCGCAUCGAGGUCUUACAUUCGACAAUUUCGACGAGUAUACACGACGCCAAUAUAAUGCCAAAGCCCCUCACCUGCCAAACCCCUUUGGGCAGGAUGAAGUGCCCAAACGAUUUCUGGACUUCGAUGUCUUCCUGAAACUCCGUGUCUUGCACCAGCUGUCCGUCUGGACGUUUUGGAACCCCGACCGUAUCCGGGAAAAGAUGCCGGAACAAAGGGAGAAUGAUCAGACUACUUGGCGUAUCGAAGAACUAGGUUACGAUAGUGAAGAUCGGUAUUAUUAUGUCCUGGAUGACAACCGGCUUUAUCGCCUUACCUUUCCGCCAAUCCCUUCUCCGAAGUCGCAGCCGAAGUCCAGAAGCAGAAACGCACGAGCCAUUAGAGCCUCCAAACGAAGACGGGUUUCCGGAGCUGCCGGUGAAGAUUCGGAUGAUGCGAACACGGACGCCAAUAGCGAUACGGCGAAGUAUUCGAUGGUCGGAAUGAAAUGGGAAUGCAUCGCCGUGACGCUGGCGGAGUACCAGGCAUUCCUAGAUACUAUCCAGAAAACAAGGGACCCCGACGAGAAAGUUUUAAGGGACCGUCUUAAUGAGCAAGUCAUGCCCAUCAUUGAGAAGGAGGAAGAGGCCCAGCAAAGGGAGAUUGUAAAGCGCGAAAAGGAGCUUUUAAACAUGGAACUGCUUGCCGGUGCCAAGAGGUCCAGCCGUCUCGCUGGAAAAGCGGAGAAAGAGCGACAGGAACGUGAAGCAGAGGAAGAGAAUCUGCAGCAGCAGGCGGAACUAGCUGCGGCUCGCAAGGAAGAAGCCAAACAAAAGAGAAUGGAACAAGAUAGGGAGUUGCGGGUCAACCAACGGGAGCGACGCAUUAAGGAGCGGGAGCGAAAACGUAUUGAGCAUGAAGAAGAACUGGAAAGGAUAACUGCAGAGCAGGAGAAACUUGAACGUGGUGAGAGCAGAAUGUCGGAAAGAAAUCUCAAGGCAGAACUGGAGAGACGACGGAAGGAUCUGGAAGAGAUCUCGCAAGAUGACCAAUGGAUCUUUGAUUGCUCAGGCUGCGGCGUGCAUGGUGAGAAUCUAGAUGACGGUUCGCAUAGUGUCGCAUGCGAGAGAUGCAACGUGUGGCAACAUAGUAAAUGUCUUGGUAUCGGGCAAGAUGAGGCGGAAAAAGAAGACUUCCAUCUUGUCUGUCGAGACUGCAAGCGCCAGGAGGAGGAAGCAAAACUACCAAAGCUUCCACUGUUGAAAUUCCGGGUCGAUUCUGCUUCGAAUUCUCCAUCUGCGGAAGCGUCAUACCAGCAUCGGCUCCAGGAACAAGACCUGCCUUCCCCUUCUAAAAAACCCCAAGGACCUGGCUUUACUAAUAUUCAAAAUGGCUCCCCCUCCAAACCGUCCACACUGUCGCCAUCACUGUAUAUGAACACGGGUCAGCCUAUGUCACCAGAGCGUCGUCGGUCGCAGCCAAUUCCUCGGUUUUCUCCAUCGAAGAGUGCGAAUGGCUUUGGUGUGUUCUCGAAGAACCCGGUACCGACGAAACCAUUUAGUCAGUCUCCGUUACCGCCGGUUCAGCAGUCUCUCUCUCGACGACCAUCAACAUCCAACUCCGUGCAAAACCCAUUUUCAUCACCCAUCCAGAACCGGCCAUCCAUGUCCCCAACCCAGGGAAAUCGCGACGUAGGUCCUCUGGCAGGGUUUCCAGCCGGUGCUCCCUCGAAUGGCGCACCUUGGACUCCUCAUGGACAGCACCAGGCACCACGCCCGAAUGGUCCCAGCCGUGGAGCAUCCGCUUCAUUCCAAAGUAACCCCCCAUCCUUUUCCGCAGCAACACCUAGCAAUUCUCAAUCCUCCCCCCCACAGAGCUCACACGGUAGCAUGUCUCUGUCAGGAAUCAGUCCGACCAAAAACUCGCCACGACCAGUGACAUCGGGGAGUAUAACAGGGGCGCCAAUACUUCCACCAAUCCAGAAGCUCGAACCGAGCCCGAAAUUGAUGGGACGAAGCUCACCGGAUGCCCCGAUCCCUGCCCCUGUCAAGUGCAUGACGCCCGAGCAGGAGGAGCGACGACAACGAGAGAAUUCCCUGAUGAUGCGCGGACGGAAUCCUUCCCAGAGCCAGGGUCAAGGUCAGGGGCCCUCGUUGAUGUCGUCCCCAUCGCUCAAUCGGGUUCCACCCCUGGGGCCGUCAGCUGUGGCACCUCAAUCUACUGCUGAAUCGAGGCAACAGCAAAGUCCCACGAAGUAA